AUGUCGGCAGAGGACAAGUUCCGCUUCAAGGAUACAAGUAUGUUGACGAAAAACAAACAAAGUAAAGACAGCGAGCGUACGAAAUCCAGCAAAUCCAUUGGUGCGUCGCACAAGAUGCACGUGUCUUUGCUAAGAAAAGAAUUAACAAGAGGUUUAAUCAAUAAGGGUAACGAUUGCUGGUUGAACAGUCUUCUGCAAUGUUUGCAUGCAUUAAAAGUUGAAUACCCCGAAACAACGACAAAAUGUAAUCCAACUGUAGUGAAAGUACUGAAUAAAACCUUGCGAAUAUUAAAAAACACGAAUGACAAACCUUUGUAUCCACAACAGCUGCACGACAUUUUUAAUAAGUAUUUUGGUUAUGCGAGUGGCCAACAACACGAUAUUCACGAGAGUUUUAUAGUUUUGCAUGAACAUUGUGACGCAGGCUCCUUUAGAGGAACGUACAAAUAUAGAAAAAUUUGUGAUGUAUGUGGAAAAACUCGGUUGCAUGAUGAGGAAACCUUCAUGACGCUUUUUGCUUCCGUUGACAAUGGCAACAAAACCUUAACAGAAAAAAUCGAAGAGAGUUUAAUCGAUUCUGUAUUUACACACUGUAGCACAUGCAGUGUGAGGACGAAUCACGUUCGCAUAGGUGAACUCAAAACACUGCCUAAAAUUUUAUGCCUUGGUUUCAAAAGAUUUGUUUCAAAUGGAUCAGGAGUUACGAAGAGUUGUCAGAGAGUUCCACUGCCAUUAAAAUUAACAUUGCAGAAUGAUGGUGCAUCGGCCACUUAUCAAUUAUCCUCAUGUGCAUUGCAUUACGGCUCAGGUAUUGAUGUUGGCCAUUACACAGCUGUAAUAUUCAAAGAUGGAAGAGUUUAUGAGGUCGACGAUACAUUCGUCUCUGAUAUAUCACAAAAGUGGAAGCAAAGGUGUCAACUUAUGCGUACAUAG